AUGGGAUUAUGCAGAUGUUUAUUUCGUUCAUUUAUUUUUACAAUUAUAACUGUAGCAGUUAUAGUUUUAGUGCCCAAUUUACCACCUUACGCUAAAAUAUCCAAGUCUGUGAGCAUUCCUAAAAUUACACCAUUAGAUGGUCCAUUUACCAUUAAUGAAAAAUUGAAAGGCAUUGAACAAUGGCAAAAAGGGAAGGUAAAUGGGCCGGAGGCAUUUGCUGAAUAUAACGGAGAGCUUUAUGCUAGUUUAUAUCCAGGAGUUGUAGCUAAACAAGUAAACGAGCAAUUCGUUAUGGUAGCCAAAACUGGAAAAUCCUGUAAAAAUUCUUAUGAUGAACACAUUUGCGGAAGACCUUUGGGUAUUAGGUUUGAUAAAAAUGGUUAUUUGUAUGUAGCUGAUGCAUACUACGGAAUUUUGAGAUUCGAUUUAAAAAAGAAUGAAAAAAUAACUAUUGUGUCGCCUAAUGAAGAAAUAGGAGGAGCGAAACCUAUGCUCUUCAACAGUUUGGAUCUAGCCAGUAAUGGAGACAUAUUUUGGAGUGACUCCUCUAGCCAAUUCCAUUUAAAUGAUUUAACAUUCGACAGUUUAGCUGAUGCCUCUGGGAGAUUGAUCCGUUAUAACGCCAACACAAAGAAAAACGAAGUGUUAAUUGACAACUUACGAUUUGCCAAUGGAGUUAAACUCUCACAAGAUGAAGAUUUUGUUUUGGUUGGUGAAACAAUGUACAACAGAGUUCAUAGAUAUUAUUUGAAAGGGCCCAAAAAAGGAACACAUGAUAUUUUCAUCGAAGGUUUACCUGGUUUGGUCGAUAAUAUUCAGUCAGACGGUGGUGAUGGAUUUAUUUUGCCAUUAGUCGAAACCGUUACUGAUGAUCACCCAAGCUUCGUGCAUGUUCUAUUGGAAUUUCCCACUGCUAGGAAGUUUAUUGCCAGAUUGAUGGGUCUCGGCGAAUUGGCUAUAGAAACUGUAGAUAAAUAUUACCCGACGGAUUAUGCCAAAAGUGCAGUUCAUUUUAUUGGGCACUACCGUUCCGUGUCAUUUUUAGGCAAAUCAAGUCCUUUCCAAAUGAUAGUGCAUGUGAAUAAAGCCGGAGAUGUCAUCGAAACAUUUUCAACAACAGACAAACAGUUCCGAGGCUAUUCGGAUGCUUUCAUAUUCAAAAAUCAAAUGUACCUGGGAUCGCCCCAUAACGACUACAUCGGGAGGAUUCCGUUAAGCAAAUUAGGCUGGAGUGAAUCUAAAGUUAAACGAUCCGUACCGGAGCCGAAGGCCGAAGCGAAACAGGCCUAUAAAACUGAAACUAAACCAACCACCACGACUCCGCCUCCUUCAAAACCCACCACUACUCCUCCGCCUCCUAAAACAACCCCUAAGCCGCAAACGACGGCAGCUCCGAAAACUACGCAGGCCCCCAAGCCGACUGUACCUCCUACGAAACCGAGUCAAAAACCAACCACUGCUCCCCCCAAGCAGCAAACUCAAACGCCGCCUUCCACUAAACCGACUACUCCAUCAGCCAAAUCGUCUACCUCACCUCCUGCUAAGUCAACUACUACUCCUCCUCCUAAGUCAACUACUACUGCCCCGCCU